AUGCUGAGCGCCAUGGCAGGGCAAGAGAUGCUGGCGAUAUUUCUAGGAUGGAACGCGAUUCCUGUCCUUGUGGCCGUGAGCAUCCUCUGCGUUCUUCUCUGCGCAUGCAUGAGCAAGGGCGCCAAGGAAACAGUGCGGGACAUACUACAGCGCGAUCCAGAUACAACUCUCUUCUUCUCCUACUACGAGGAGCUCAAGCAGGGCGCCUGGGACAAGCCGAGUCUGAGCAAACAUCACGCAACUCGAAGCUUGGUGGUGUUCGCUCCUGUCAACUCGGCGCUGCAGAGCAACGUCGGGCAGAGGCUUCUCAUGUCGCUGAAUGAGCAGGAGUGGAGGAAGUAUCUUCUUUCCCAUGUCGCCCUGUCCCAAGUGCUGGACCCAGCAUCGCUGGAGAAACUCGGAAGGGACUCAGCCGUGACGACCGUGACGGGGAUAGGAUAUCCUUUGUCAACGCUCUUCAGCAAGUACACGGACGGCACGGACCGAGUGCUGGCGGCUCGCCGGGCGAGCAACGGGUGGGUCUACAAGGUCCCUGCCCUCCUUCCGGCAGAGGACUUGUUCGCGAGGAAGACGGACGAUUGA